UUGCGCACGCGCGGGAGACGGCCUCCGGGCGUUCAGGGCCUGACGGUUGCUAGGGUGACAGAGACACAACAUGGCGGCUGGAUCCUAACGCUCUCCGUCCAGGGACCAUCGCGGAGGUCCUAGUGCAGGACCCCGCCUCAGGGAAGUGGAAGACAGGGGGGCCAUCCUUCCUGCCUCUUUCUUUUCCUUCCAGUGUCGGCAAGGGGUUGUCGCCGGCUUCCGCAUCCAGGAUGAAGAACUAUAAAGCAAUUGGCAAAAUAGGAGAGGGAACAUUUUCUGAAGUUAUGAAGAUGCAGAGCCUGAGAGAUGGAAACUACUAUGCAUGUAAACAAAUGAAACAGCGCUUUGAAAGUAUUGAGCAAGUGAACAAUCUACGAGAGAUACAAGCACUGAGGCGCCUGCACCCACACCCAAACAUUCUCACGCUGCAUGAAGUGGUUUUUGACAGAAAAUCUGGUUCUCUUGCACUAAUAUGUGAACUUAUGGACAUGAAUAUUUAUGAGCUAAUACGAGGGAGAAGACACCCAUUAUCAGAAAAAAAAAUUAGGUACUAUAUGUACCAAUUAUGUAAAUCCCUUGACCAUAUGCACAGAAAUGGAAUAUUUCACAGAGAUGUAAAACCAGAAAAUAUACUAAUAAAGCAGGAUGUCCUGAAAUUAGGGGACUUUGGAUCCUGCCGGAGUGUCUAUUCCAAGCAGCCGUACACAGAGUACAUUUCUACACGCUGGUACCGGGCCCCAGAGUGUCUCCUCACUGACGGGUUCUACACAUACAAGAUGGACCUCUGGAGCGCUGGCUGCGUGUUCUACGAGAUCGCCAGCCUGCAGCCCCUCUUCCCUGGAGCAAAUGAACUGGACCAAAUCUCAAAAAUCCAUGAUGUCAUCGGCACGCCUGCUCAGAAGACCCUCACCAAAUUCAAACAGUCGAGAGCUAUGAGUUUUGAUUUUCCUUUUAAAAAGGGAUCAGGAAUACCUCUACUGACAACCAAUUUGUCCCCGCAAUGCCUCUCCCUCCUGCACUCAAUGGUGGCCUAUGAUCCUGAUGAGAGAAUCACUGCCCGCCAGGCUCUGCAGCAUCCCUACUUCCAAGAGCAGAGGGCGGCUGAGAAGCAGGCUCUGGCCAGUCGCAGGAAAGCCUGCUUCCCAGAGCACCCUGUGGCAGCGGAAGCUCUCAGGCACGGCUGGCAAACGUCAAAGGAGGCCAGAAAGCAGAAACAGUCCCUAAAGCAAGAGGAGGACCAUCCCAAGAGACAAGGACCGGCCUACAUAAUGGAACUGCCCAAACUGAAGCUUUCAGGAGUGACCAAACUGUCGUCUUACUCCAGCCCCACGCUGCACUCGGUGUUUGGAUCUGGAACCAACGGGAAGGCCCCAGUGCUGAGGCCCCUGAAGUGUGUUGGUGCAAACAAGAAGACAGAUCUGCAGAAGGACUUGAAACCUGCCCUGAAACAAUGUCGCUUGCCCACCAUAGAGAGGAAAGGUGGAGAGUACUGAGCAGCUUGCGCCACCUCAGCUCCAUGCAGGGGAAAGCCAGGCAGGACCAGGGCCGCACGGACACACGGGGCUCGGGAGAAGCCUGGCGACCCGGGAAGAGCUGCUCUGCGACCGCCCGCGCCGGCUGGAGCCAGUGUCCUGGAGCCCGCGCGUGUUGGCAGCCCUGGAAGAGCUGCACUGUGUGUUCCAGUCCAAUACAUUUGUGACACCACCUCACUCUAGGGUUUUCAUUUUCAUAACCUGAGGAUUUCGAGCAGGGACUAUUUUGUGACUUUUUACAUGGAUCAGAAGGAAUGCGCUGGGAUUUGUGCGUUGGGCUGGCCGAGGACGGCUCCGAGUGUCUGUCUUUCCUGCACGUGGCCGUGAACGCACCUUGCAGAGUGUGCGCUUGGAGCCCCUGAUUUUUAUUAAAGGAUAAGCUGUCGUUACAGUAUUUCAUUUUAA